AUGAUACCCAGUUCGCUGUCACAUCGCCCCCAAUCUUCCUCCCCUGUGAUCACUAAGUCCUCUGCAUCUGGGCAGACCGAGUCCUCGGCUGCUAUGUCGUCGAUAUCGAGCGAUUCUUGUCCAAAGUCCGAUGCGUUCUCCACGGCUACAAAAACUGAGGUCAGACGACUUGCAGGAGAUCGCUGUUGGGCAUGCCAGUCUACGGAACCUCAGAUCUGUCAUGUAAUCGCGAAGGAGGAUAAGCAAGUGGACCUUUGGUUUGAGGCAGGCCUCCUCAACUUCGGUUUAACGUCAACAUCAAACGGAAUACCUCUCUGUGGAACUUGUCAUACCCAGUUCGAUCGAGCUCAUGACCCAGGUUUUGUCUUUAUACCCACCGACCUACAGUACUUUAUCAACUUUGAACUUGAGGAUAGAGAGAGGAGGUCGACCGGCAACGUUCUCCCUCGGCAGGUCCCAACAAGUGUCAUGUACAGGGACCAUUUGAUGAAGGAGAAGAAGAUCCCAGAUGGUGCAACAAGUGGGCUAUACCGACCACUUUUCCUGAAAGAGUACCUGCUCCAAGGCAUUGUCUCUGUUGAAGAUCUCGGCCUCACAAAACCCAAGCAGUGGCAUGGAGCUCCAAUUGCGACAUUGCGACGAGGUAUCUUAGCACUCGGGAGCGCUAGGAUUACCUCGCUUGACAAAGCAACCGUUGCUCGACUACAAAUGCUCCGUGACCUGUACUUUCGACCGGCUGAAGAUAACUCUGUAAACGUCAGGAGCAGUCUGACCCAACCAGACCUUCAAUGCCAGAGACGACGCACGGAUGAUGAUGAUGAUGAGCAACCUGAAAACAAGAGGUUCAAGCGGGAUUCGACCAGGAUGGAUGAGCCAGAGCACAUGGAUGGUAACGACUUGGAUGCUCGGCAGCAUUGUCUUCGUGCUUUCGAGGCAGAAUGGGUUUUAGGCCCCAAUUUCACCACCGAACAAAUCAUUCAUCGCUACGCUCCUGUAUUUGCUCAUGAUUGA